UUGCUCAAACAGGGCAUCGGCAGUGUGCAGUACAUGGAAAGAAGAAUACCGAGAAACCCAAAGUACGAACACAUCAAGACCCGAUUGGAUACAGGAUGCAGCCUUACGAAGCACGCGGAAAGACUGGACGAUAUUAAAAAAAAUUUCAGGUUCCGUGCAGAUGAAGUAUUUAAGCGGUUAAAGCUGUCGUCAUUUGCCCAAUUGAUACUUCAUGAAGCCUCUGGGUCAGACGUCAAUGAAUGUGAGAAUGAUGGUGACUCACACUGCCCAGACGAUGCCCUGUCAGAGAUGUCUGAUGCAGACCUGGAGAGUUUGUCCCAACACAACAACGGUGCCCUACACAUGUCACCACUUUCUGAUCCCCAUGGUGCAGGUGACACCAGGGAGAACUGCUACACUUCCAGGUCAACGCUGCUAAGCGUUGUUAGUGGUGUAGGAGAGCUGAGCCUCGACAUGAAGCGUCACAAGAUGGACAAUGACGCUGACAGGCCCUACCCAGACUGCCCCUACCUGCUGCUGGACGUGCGUGACCUGGAUCAGUACAACCGCUGUCACAUCAUCAGCGCACACAGUUUCCCGAUCGCCCAGCUGUCUCGAACAAUGAACCCCUUCUCCAAAGAAGUGCUGGAAUAUAAAAACGCUGCAGGGAAGAUCAUCAUUGUGUAUGAUGAGGAUGAGAGAAUAGCCAGCCAGGCAGCCACCACCAUGUGUCAGCGAGGAGUCGAGAAUCUGUUUAUGUUGUCUGGAGGUCUCAAGGUAAUCGCUCAGAAAUUUCCAGAGGGGUUGACGACGGGCUCCAUUCCGACCACUUGCCUGUCGUCUCCCACGUCAAAGUGGAAGAAGAGUUCUGUGCAGCAGCAGAUGCAGGCAGCAGAGAUGAGGAGGCCCUUUACAUCAGAUGAGCUGAUUAAGAUCAAGGAGCACCUGGAACAGAUACUCAUCCCAAGUAACAGUAAGACCAAACUAUCCAGCCGCAUGUCAACCCUCAGCUCCCGCUCCAAUACAUCCGGCAGCGGGAGUCGACUGAGUUCCUCUGCAUCUGGAAGGAAUAGUUCCAGGAUUCAAAGCAGUACACCCUGGAAAUAG